AUGGAAACGACUUACAUGUCAAGGCUGCUCGCAAACUGCCCAAAGGGACGGUCACCACCAUGCUUUCCGAUGGAGUUUCGCCAAGCCUGUGAGAACAAGUCAUGGCCGGAAAGGCUUGAACCGGAGAGUGCCUGGGAAUUCCUCCUGAAUGGCUACUUGGCCGCGACAGAGCUGAGAUGGCAACGAACUAUAAGUGGACAACACAGUCCUCAAAGUUCCAGGACCUGCUUUGAUGGCUUGAAGAUUGGCGAUGUACUUCCUGAGCAUCUAAAGCAGCAUGACUUCCACCACUUCCGCACCAACUUCAGCAACUCCCCGCCCAACAAAAUGUCGAUAUCCGCCAACUCCGCUUAUGUUGCUGUAGGAUUCAAUGACCUACGUGUUUUGCUUGAUGCCAGCAUACAGGAAGAAGCUGCGAACAUUCGCUUUGUCGGCAUCGACCUGAACGAUUUUGCAGUGGCGAAGACCUUGGUCAUUGCAGCAAUGCUUAAGGACGCUAGCAUUCCCGUGAAUCAUGUCUUGCAGGUAUGGUAUUCAUCAACUUGGUCCAAGGGAACAUUUUCAUCCUUCAAGCGAACCGUAUCGGCUUUGGAGCUGCCCGCUCAAAAGCCCGGAAUACAUCAGCUUGUGGACUUCUGGAAAUCCACUGCAGCACCGGACCUCACAAGCUGUCGGCAGCAGUGGCUGCAAUACUUUGUCAAUGACGCACGCAAAUGGGAUGCUUGCACAAUUGCAAGUCUUGUUCGGCCACUGGAUCGGCUGGCAGCAUGCAGAUACUUCCUAACUGGAGAGGUGUGCGAUGAGAGGGAGGAGAGCGCCGACCAGCUAGAAGUGGGUAGCCUCACUAUGUGGGCAUUGUCUUUCGGUUCCCUCCCACUGCACAAUGCAGACUCCAUCUUCGCGACAAUGAGUUUGGAGGACUACCUCCCUGUGCCGGGACAAGCAGACUCAAUCAUCCAACUCUUCGUGAACGACAUUCGCAAGAAGCUCAACAGCAUCCGACGGCUGCUCCUGGAAGGAAGACUUGAGAUCGAGAUUUGGCAGGACGAGUUGACUUCCGACAGUUGCCAGCUGAUCAGCCGAAUUUCUGCGCUCUCCCCAGCGGGAAUCAGUUGGUCCAACCUUCUGGACUACACAGACUUUGCUUCAUUCCACUCUGUGGCAGCUAGGUGCUCAGCACCAGACUCGUUUACCACGCACUACGCCUAUUCCAUGGAGUGGGUGAAAGAUGUUUAUGGCAUUACUCUGGCAGACUGGUGCAGAGGACGCCAAGCCUUGCGUGCAUCCUUGCUUGCAGAGCUGGAGACGGGGAAGGCACUGCCAGCCUUUGCCAGGAAAACGCAGCUUAGCACUCUGCUGGCUCUGCCUGGCUUUGGUUGCCCCAGCAAGAUGUGGAUGUACGUCACAGCAAUGCACCUGCACAAGUCCUGGGUUACCAGGUUUGUGAGCAAGGGUUCAACUACCGCGCAGACUGUCACGCUGCACUCCUUGGGCAUGUGCUUGCCAUUCAUGAUGCAUAGACGCUUCCCGACGAAUCUGUUCCUGCAAUGGAGUUAUUCACGAGAGUCUUCAGCGGAAUAUGGUGAGUCAAAGCCUGCAAGAAUCAGCCAGGCCAUGCAAUGUUACGAUGCCACCUUGGGUGAAGUAGUUGUGCACCUGCUGAAAACCACGCACAGACCGUGA